CUCGAAGUCGAUGAGAAGAUCGAUAGUAUUGACCAAAGCAUUUUAUCUUUUAAUUUUCCAGUUGUUGAGGGGGCUGCCUUCAACUCCUACGCCGAGCAGCACAAUCCGACCUGUUUACCAGAUACUCGAGUUGAGCUGCUCCAACGUGUAUCAGACUGGGCUCAUGACCCACACGCCAAAGCUAUUUUCUGGCUGAAUGGGAUGGCUGGAACUGGGAAGUCAACUGUUUCUCGCACUAUUGCCCAAUCUCUUGCCAGCACCAGUCAUCUUGGCGCUAGUUUUUUCUUCAAGAGAGGUGAGGGUGAUCGAGGGAGGGCAGCCAGGUUUUUCACAACAAUAGCCGCUCAAUUAACAGUUAUGCAACCUGCCAUCGCUGUUCAUAUCAAAAACGCCAUCAAAGCCGACUCUGACAUUGGCAGCAAAGGACUGCGAGAACAAUUCAACAAGCUCAUCUUGCAGCCUCUAUCCGCUGGCUCUCUGAAGAACGAAAACCCUCGUGUUAUUGUUCUAGUUAUCGAUGCCUUGGAUGAGUGCGAACUAGAAGAGGAUAUUAAACUUAUCAUUCGACUGUUAAGUCGCGUUAAAAAUGUAGGGCUAAGAGUCUUUGUCACGAGUCGACCGGAGCUUCCAAUUCGCCUGAGCUUUUCUGAUAUCAGAGGGGAGUUUCAACAUGUCAUCCUCCAUGAAAUGCCAGAGCCUGUGAUUUGGCAUGACUUAUCAGUUUUUAUUACUCAUAAUCUACGGGAAAUAAGCGUCAAUUAUAAUAAAACAGUACAAGAAUAUCGACAGCUACACAAGGACUGGCCUGGUCAAUCCACUAUUGACACCUUAGUGAAAAUGGCAAUUCCUCUUUUUAUUUUUGCCGCCACUGUAUGUCGAUUUCUUGCUGAUCGCAAAUGCGGGAACCCCGACGAUCGACUUCGCAAAGUCCUGGAAUAUGAUACCAAAAGUCAGGAGUCUAAGCUCGAUGCAACCUAUCUGCCUGUCCUCGAUCAACAGGUCGCCGGGCUUUCUACCAGAGAGCGAAAUGAAGUUUUGCAAGACUUUCGCUAUAUUGUUGGUUCAAUUGUGCUACUUGCAAGCCCUUUAUCAGUGUCUAGUCUAGCAGAACUCCUUGGAAUUUCUAGGGAUGUCAUUGAUACUAGAUUAGAUAUGCUUCAUUCCGUCUUAAGCAUACCACCAUCAGCUGAGUCUCCUGUAAGACUACUGCAUCUCUCUUUUCGCGAUUUCUUGGUCGAUCCCGAGAAGCGAGAAAAGCGAGAACAGUGCCCUUGGUGGAUCAACCAAACAGAAGCUCAUGGGAAAAUAAUGGACAACUGUCUGCGCGUCAUGACAGAGUUUCUCCGACAGGACAUGUGUAAUUUACGAUUACUCAAGAUGGAGGAUUCUAUUAUUGACUGUCAAAAGGCAGCUUCAUAUAUUCCUGCACCAGUUCAGUACGCCUGCCUGAAUUGGGUAUUCCAUCUUCAAGGAGCCAAAGAUCAGGCCGAAAACCAUACAGAAAUAUUUCAAUUCCUAGAACAGCAUUUUCUACACUGGAUUGAGGCGUUAAGUUUAAUACGAAAAGCACCAGAGAGCAUUAAAAUUAUUAGAACCUUACAAGCUCUUAUACCGAUGAAAGGCCAUAAAGCUCUCUCUGAAUUUUUAGAUGACGCUUUGCGUCUCAUCCAAUCACAUUUACAUAUAAUUUCCAAUGCGCCUCUUCAAAUUUAUUCUUCAAUCCUUAUAUUUGCUCCGCGCAAGAGCAUUAUCAAGAAACUCUUCAAGAGGAAAAUACCUAGUUGGGUAUCUCUUGAACCAAAUGUAGAGAGCGGUUGGAGUCAAUGCAUACAGACAUUCGAGGGUCAUAACAGUCCAGUUCAAUAUAUGGCCUUCUCACAUAACUCAUCGAUUAUAGCAUCGGCAUCAAAUGAUGAUGUAUGGCGCACGGAUACGGGCGAAUGUAUCUGGGAACAUGAAUUUUAUGGCUAUGACAAAACGGUUAAUUGCCUGGCUUUCUCUCGCGAUUCGUCGCUCAUCGCGGCUUCGCGUGGUCGCACUGUUCAGUUAUGGCGCACUAACACAGGCGAGUGUGUUCACGAAAUUUCUAUCGCGAAUGAUGUCUUUUAUGUGACCGUGGCCUUCCUGCAAGACAUGCUCGUUGUAGCAUCCACCACAGUCGACGGCGUUAUCGGGCUAUGGGAAACUAAAACAGGCGAUUGCAUUCGAAUCUUGACGGGACAUAAAGAUAUAGUCAGGGCUGUGGCCUUCUCACAUAACUCAUCGCUUGUAGCAUCAGCUUCAAGAGAUAAGACCAUCCGGCUAUGGUGUGCUCAUAAAGGCGACUGUAUCCGAGAAUUCAAAGGCCCUUAUGAAGAAGUUACUUCUAUAGCCUUCUCACAUACAUCAUCUCUUAUAGCAUCAGCUUCGGGUGACAAGAUCAUCCGGCUAUGGCAUACUAGCUCAGGCGAGUGUAUUCAAAUGUUUAAAUGCCAUGACGGACAUAUAGGUACAGUGGCCAUUUCUCAUGACUCAUCAUUAGUGGCAUCGCUUUCAUAUGAUAGCACUGUCCGGAUAUGGCGCGCUGAUACAGGCGACUGCUGCGUCCAUGAAUGUUAUGUAGCCAAAGUCAAUGGCUUCCACAUAACUUCCAUGUCAUUAACGUCUGAUGGCUUGCACCUUGUUACAAAUGUUGGGACGUUGACUACAGCGGAAGGGGAGUAUAAUUUCUGUGCUGAUGGCUAUGGAUUUAGUAAUGAUUGCUCUUGGAUUACAUGGAAUGGAGAGAAUAUACUCUGGCUGCCAGAGGAAUACCGGCCGGAAUCGCACACAGCUGCGAUUAGUAAUUCAACUGUAGCAGCUUACUGCACUUCGGGGAGAGUCUGGAGUAUGAGGCUUUUAGCAUAUCCCCAUUGA